AUGUGGUUUGCAUUUGUCCCUGGUGUAUUGGCCACAGGCUCAACAACACCACUCCCUGAUAUCCCAUUCCAGGCUUUUAGUCAAUUCAUUUUGACAACAUUUAACCCUGAAAUCUCACUUGAAACUGUUCUGCUUGUCUUUUUCUCUUUAGUGGAAAACCCAGACUUGCUUAAUUUACAUGCUUGUCAGAAACAUCCAAAAGUCCUAAAUGAAAAGAAAAUUAUUGCAUCAAGUUGGAUGAAAUCACUGGGCCGCGCAUUAAAUGAACGACUUGAUUCAGAUCUCUCAAUGCUUUUUCAAUUGAAUGAAUUUGUGCAAAAUUCAUGGGAAACUGCACUGGCUCUUAACCUUGAUGCAUUUUCAGAGCUUCUUGGACUCACACCUUAUAAACAAGGUAUUUUCAAUAAAAAGUUGCAGAAACAUUCUGUUAGAGAUGUGGCUUCAACUUCAAAUACUACAUUUGAAACUCAACCUAAUAUUGCUAUUGAUGACCUGACUCAGCAUGCCUUUGCUGUUCUUGUGCGGGAUACAGAGCGUAUUCCAGAUACACUUGAUGUUAAUAUGUUGACUUUGGAUGGUGUUGUUAUGGGUCCACAGAUUUGUGCUUUUGACAAUUGCACUAAUGACCUUCUUAAUGCUCAUGGUGGUGCACUCUGUGCAACACAUGAAGCUUUACUUGCAAAUAAAUGUCGCAUGGUUGGCUGUUCUAAUGAUAAAAUACAAGGAACACAAGCUUGUAAAGAACAUGUGGCUGACUGGAAGAAAAGUGUUCAAGAUCGCAGUAAAGCUACUAUUAAUGGUAUUCGACCUGUUCUUCAACAUCCUGGUGAACGUCAAGAAUGGCAAAAUAUUCCUGAUGCUGCUAUUCAACAGCCACAUGAUGAUGAGGUUGAUGCAAAUGAGGCUGAAAAUCCUCAACCAUCCAUAAAGCAAAAGAUGUACUUCUCACCUAAUCUUUCAUAUUGUGUUGAAACAGCAUGUGCACCAUGUGGAGUUGUCAUUGCAUGGACCAAAUUUCCAAAAUCUGAAUCUCCAACUAAUAUUUUUAAUUGGCUUGAUGAAAUAUUUCCUAACAAGGAGGAUCGACCUGCUUAUAUAUGCAUUGAUAAAGCAUGUCAAGUCUUCAAGACAGCUGUUGAAAGUACAUCAAAAAACUUCAAUUGGUUUAUACAUACUAUGCUCAUUUACCAUGUCAAGCAUGUCCUUGCCAAAAUGGCAUCUAUGAAGGGUGAUGGAUCAACAGAUGAAGAAAACAGUGAUGAGGAAAGCAGUAAUGAAGAAAGCAGUGAUGAGGAGGGCAGUGAUGAGAAAAGCAGUGACAAGGACAGCAAUGAGGAAGAAAGCAAUGAGGAAAGUGAUUCUACAAAUAGCAGUGAUCAUGGUAUGCAUCUUUCAGAUUAA